UCCAUCCAAACAGCGAUUUUCCAGAUCUCACGGGCGAUUUUGAGACAUCUGAAAUAUACUUCUCAGGAAAUUAAAAAUCUAUGGUAGUAGGGGGCGUGCCUCAAGUGGGUUUGGUCAUAGUUUAAGCAAUAGAACCGAAAGGGUGAUUGUGUGUGAUCUUACAAAUCAGAAAUUGUGCGGGAUACAGUAGGGAUGCCACAAGAGAGUAUUCUCGGACCUAUUUUGUUUAUAGUUUUUAUGAACGACAUUAACAGAGAACGUUGUGAACUGCUUUUUUUCUGGAGGAAGAAAAGGACAUUCAGGAGCCACGGUGGUCCCAUGCAUCCCAUGCGGUUCCUCAUCCUUAAAUACCUUCACAGCAGAGCAUCCUGAAGAGAGUUUCUUCCUCAAAGUUGAAAUGUGCCCCUCAAAAUGUAAAUCACUGUCAAUCAGAAUUAGAAGAAACCUUAUCAACUGUAACAUGUCAAUUUUUUAUGUUGGCUACUAUUUUUGCCCAUCCAUUCUUGUCUCUUCUGUUCCGGUCCACCAAAGAAAAUCAGCUACACGUGCAUAGACGAUCAUACGGAUUAACUUGAUCAUAUUUGAAUUACUGCUAGUUCUGACUUCCAGAUACCCACUUAUAUUACUAAUUAUUGAUCAACAUAUUGUUUGUAGUAAGUAUGAGCAUGGGAAAUUGAAAAUUAUAUUGUCGAGGUGUCUUCCAUUUGGUCAAAAACUGCUAAAUGAAUCUCAGGUGGAAUUCCAAUAAUUGCCUUCCACAUUUUUUGUUUUAACUCUUGCAAAAUGAUAGCUAUGAACAUCCCUCUGGUUUUGCCCUACUUGGUGUACUGUAAUAUUGUAUUCUGGCCAACUUUGGACAAAAACAGUCUCCAAUAGGUAGAAAAACUUUUGCCAAAAUUAACCACAGGUUCUAGUGUUCAUGAUCUCCAAACUCGACAUCGAGGGCUGUUCUGUGUUCCUCAGUUUCUCAACGUUCUUUUAUUACAGCCCGGUUGACACGUGCCAAGUGCUUGGUCUAAGAAUACUUGGACCAAGUAGGUUUGGAACCCAGCCAAAACUGGACUUGACAGUUGAUACGAUUCAAGUGAGGCGCGCGCAGCGUCCAAGAGUACUUGAUCCCAGUGUAUUUGGAUCCGGAUGACAACUUGGACCAAAUACACUUGUACAGGUAGGUACACUUGGCCAAGUAGGUUUCGACGACUGUGUGCUUGGAUAGUGAGGAUGUCGGAUUUGGUGCUAUUACAAGAGGUGGGACUAGUUGCAGAUAAUAUGCUUAUAAAGGAACUUGAAUUGCAUAAAGAACUGUGUGAAAAGAGGAGAAAGAAGCUUUGGACCUUGGACCCGAAUGUGGAUUCUUUACCUACAACACCACCAAAAUAUAUAGAUAGGUAACAUAUUAGAACCCAUAGCCACUAUGUGUGAAGUAUCAAGCAGGCCGCUACUCUUGCCUGUUUCGGGACGACAACUAGGAACAUUUUGGAAAGAAGGGACUGAUUUUAAUUUUUGUUACUACAUUUCUCGUAUCAUUUUAAAUACGAGAUGGUUGUAUGAGAAGCUCUGCCAAAUACCGCAACCGCAUACCUCCACCUCACUGUACCGCCCACCAACCUCGAGAAUAAAAAAGUUUGUUUUGGUUUUGUGGUUAUGUCAUGUAUAUUUUGUACUUUUUAUAAAAUUUCAAACAGAAGUUCUUCAAAAUGAGUAUUUUAUUUGAAAACCAUUCAGGAACUUUACUUUCCGUUGAAGCCUACUUAAACUCAUUCCUAAAUAGGAAUAAAUCCAUUAGAAUUAAUGGCAAUUUAUUUAAAAUAUAUUCCCCUUACAAAAACUUGAGUGCUGUUAAGAAGAAAAAGAAAACCAAAAGUUUAAAUGGGGAACCAGAGAAUAUAGACCUAAGAUAUCAAGAAUUCGAAAAAGAAAUUUUAGAGAUACAAAAUACAUAUUCACAGUUAUUGCUUGAGUUGAGAAAUCAACAACUUUUAACAGAACCAUUGGAGCAUCAUACAAAAAAUAAAAUUGCCCUCGACACAGCAGAUUCUGUAUACAAUGAGUCUGGUAGAUAUUUAAUUGACGAUGUAGUGGGGUCUAAUAUUGGCCCUCUUGUUAUUAAGACACUCCAACAUUCAAAAUUUAUAAUUCCUGAAAAUUGCAAAUUUCUCUCUAAAAAUGUUAACGAAAUAGACAAAUAUUUAUCCAAAGAACAAUUUGAUUUGAUAUUAUUAGACCCUCCUUGGUGGAACAAAUAUAUUAGAAGGAAAAAGAAAAAGUCUCCUCAUGAUGCUUACAAAAUGAUGUACAAUUGUGACUUGAAGGAAAUUCCUGUAGAUAAAUUAUUAAGUAACAAUGGCAUUGUAGUUGUAUGGUGCACUAAUUCAUUCCAACAUCUAAAUACCUUAUUGGAAGAUAUUUUUCCAAAAUGGAAAGUGAGCUUUGUCGCUAAAUGGUAUUGGUUGAAAAUUACCGUGCAUGGGGAACCAAUUUGUGAAUUUUCUAAGCCACCAGGUAAACAACCAUUUGAACAAAUAAUAAUAGGAUGCAGAGACCUGAAAGCAAAUAAUUUACCCAGAAACGGUAAAAUACUCUUAAGCGUUCCCAGUGCAAUUCAUUCACACAAACCUCCAUUGGAUCAAGUUCUGAAAGCGUUUUUACCUGAAAACCCCAGAUGUUUGGAGAUAUUUGCUAGGUACCUUCUACCAAACUGGACUAGUUAUGGCAAUGAAGUUUUACGAUUACAGCAUGAAUCUAUGUAUAUAUUCAAUGAAUGAGAUUCAUGAUCUUUUAAUUGUAUAAUAAAAAAUGCAGUUUUCAUUAUUCACUUACCUAUUUGAAUAUUGUGAAAACAAAUACAAACCUAUUUACUUAGUUUCUUG